UAGAGGACAACUCGGAUGGCAUGGCCCGUCUCACAAAGGCUGCUGGGAUACCAUUUUAGGCCCAAGAUGGCGUAUUUGGGUGUCCAUCAAAGGAGUCUGUUUUGGUUGGCGACAGUUUUGGCGUUUAGCAGUAGCACUGAUGGAGAAGAGAACACAACAUGGCCAUUGCCAACGGUCCCGGUGCCGACCAGAUGUAAGCCAAUCGAGUUUGAGUGUGCCAACGGGCUGUGCAUCCCCGGCAGCCGGUACUGUGACAGCUGGAACGACUGUCUGGAUGGUUCGGAUGAAAGAAAUUGCCCUCGACCACCCACCACACAGUGCUCACGGCUGCAGUUUCCCUGCAAUGACGGACAUUGUAUCAUCCUGCGCUUCCGCUGUAACGGCUUUGAAGACUGUCCGGAUGGGAGCGAUGAGAUUAACUGUCCGCUCUACCCUAUGGUGUGCCUGAACCCACUGUUCCGCUGUGAAAAUGGAAGGUGCAUCGACAAGAGCUUUGUGUGUGAUGGGAAGGACAACUGUAAGGACCUGAGUGAUGAGGUGCACUGUGAUGUCCCCUCAGGCUCCCCCCAGAACAGUGGCCCCAGUAGUACGUCCCACCUCCUGUACCAUGAUGCUCGGUACCAGGCCGCGACCUACACCAUCAUCGGCUGCACAGUUGCGUUCGUCGCAGUGGUGGUGUGUUUCGUCAUCACUGUCCACCGGAUCAAGCGGAGACAGGAGGCCCUGCGUGCGCCGCCCCGCCAGCGACAGGAUAUCGCCAGGGACUACAGGAGAGGACUAUUUCCCUCACAGAACCAGAUGCCGUACUUCAUCGAGAGCAGUGGAUACAGGAGAGCCGCAGGUAACUACCUGGUGACGUACAACAUCAACAACGGGGUGCAGAUCAUAUCCAACGGGCUGGUCAAGCCUUACGAUGCACCACCCAAGUACUCCGACAUCGUGGGGGAACUAGCGGAGGAGUCUCCAGACUCUCCAGGAUCACCACCUCCCCCCUACAGCGAAGUGGAGCAGCCCUUGCUGAUGAGACUGGAUGCUGGGGAACACCAGGAGGGAGAGGCUGGCGGAAACCUGCAGGUUCUCCUGGUCUCUGGGAGGGGGGAUAGAGACUUUACUGUGACCCCGGGUCAAAGUGGAGAGGUUGUAUGUCAAAGGACAGAGGAAGCAGUACCAAUGUUAGCAGAGGAAGGAAGGGAAGGAGAGUCAAAUGUGGGUGUCAGGACAACAGACAGCAGUGGUAGCGCUAUGACAGUGAGAUCGGAAGAGCCAUCUAGUGAUCAGCAUGGGGACUGCAUCAGAAGAACCCAGUCUGAGCCAGAGGGUGUUACCGAAGUUCAGUGAAAGAGUUUUCAUUAUAUUCUCACAUUUUGUGUUGUCUCAAAGAUGAGUAUUCAUCUCGGAAAAGAAAUAUUAGAGGCACAGGAACAAUCUGGCUAAUCACAGAUUCUAACAUGGACGUUUGUGCCAACUCUGUGCCUGGUAGCUUCCAUACAGCUUAAAAAGUGCUGUACAAGUCUUAGCAGAAAAUAUAAGCAGAAACAAGAGGUCUGAUUGAAGACAGCAAGAGCAUGCAGCAAAGUGAGGGCAACAAUUAAAAGUGAUGUUAAGUUUUUGUGAAAGAGUACUAAAACUAAGGCAAGUUUGUACUUUUAGACUGGCUAAGUAUUAACCAUGACAGUCACUGUUCAAGUGCAACCUUAACAGAAUUUGGUUGGUUAAGCUUCACACUGUGGACUACAGCAAUGUAAGUGUUGAGAACACUUAGAAAACAUAUUGCAAUACAAGAGUCUAUGCUGUCAUAGAAACUUAACUAGAAUGGCAGAGAUGUUUUGAACAUUAUGAUCACUUGUUUGUAGCAUUGAACAAUCAUCAAAUAGUGUGGAUACUCCCUGUACAGUUCCCAUGUUUGUACAGUUAUGAAGAAGAUUUUUGGUGUAUAUUUUCUAUAUCAUACUGUUGCAAAGCUAAUGUUGGCAUUCUACAUAAGCAUACUUACAUACAUUCCACUUAUUAUGCCAUUAAUGUUGGCAAGAAAAGGCUGUUCCAGAAAUUGAUUGGUUUGACAUGCCCUUGUCAGCUGUGCUUAUCAGAAACAGCACCAGAACUUUAUUGUGCUUAACUUAAUGCGUAACAUUUGCAUAUGAAACAUUUGUUGCCUUCUCUUAUUUAAACAUUGUAAAUUGACUGCCAUAAGCAAUAGUUUGUUAACGUCAGUCAAAGAGAUGUCAAAUUUCCAUUUAGUGGUACGUACCAAGUCACCUCAAUAUCUGUGAGAUGCAUUUGCUUGGUUUGUAAAACAAUAAUAACAUGAUUUAUGUGCAGUCCAUUAUGCAACAUUGCUUAGCCAGGCCUUUGCUUAGUAGAACCAGUGUUGACUUACAAUCAAUGUAAGUUGUAUCCUGUAAUCUUCUUAAUGCCAUGUUCAGACAGAUGUAUGUUUGAUGUUUAGCUAUUUAGAUGUAUUAGACAAGAGCUAUUGUUAUAUGACGAAUAUAACCUGUUAGCCAUAUAUUUUCAUAUUAUUUUUGUACCAUCACGUGAUUAUAUCUUACCUGCAUCAUAACUUGUAUGGGGUAGUAGUAGGGGGAGAGUGUAGUGACUCAUUGUACCUAUACCACCAAUGUAUGCUGUACAGAGUAGGGCAGCUAUAUGUAUGUCAGAAGGAUUAUCAUGUUGUUAGACAAAAGGGACAAUAAAAGUACACGGCUA